AUGAGGCUUGUGUUGUUCUUGAUCGCGAUCACAACGAUCAUACCGCACACCAAUGGGCAAUGCAUAUACAUGGUGGAAGUUUCCACUGGCGAUCGCGAAGGCGCGGGCACCGACGCCGACGUCUUCCUCCGCCUGGCCAACUCCGCCGAUCAAUCCCUCAACUUCCAGCUCCAGCGCCCCGGGAACAACUUCGAGCGCAAUGCCGUGGAUCGAUUCGUGGCCACCAACGCUUGCAUCGGCCGGAUCUGCAAGGUGGAGGUGACCCAGAACGGCAAGUACCCGAGCUCCUCGUGGUACGUCAAGGGCCUCAACGUCUCGGUGAGGCAAUCCGGGAGCAACAAGUGCGUGAGCCGCGAGAUCUUCACGAUCGAUCAGUGGGUGCGAGACCCAGUGAUGGAGCGCGCUGGGAAUGGAUUCAAGACCAAGUAUCACUGGAUGCCGGCUUCCAAUUGCGACCAUGGAGCGCUUCCCAAUCCUCGCUGCUAG